AUGGCUCGCCUUUUCUCCUUGGCUCUGCUCGUGGGCGCGGGCUGCGUUUACGCUCAGAGUAGUAGCGGACUUGCCCCGAAGAAAUACGAGUAUCUCCCGCUCGGGGCGGUGAAACCAGCAGGAUGGUUGUACGACCAGUUGAUAGUACAGACUAAUGGCUUGGCCGGCCAUGAGCAUGAUUUCUACGCCCUGGUCGCGCAGAGUGAUUGGAUCGGAGGAGACUCAGAUUACUCCGACCUGGAAGAAGCCGGCAGUUAUUGGUUUAACGGCAUGGUACCAAACGGAGUAUUGGUCGACGACCCGACGAUCAAAUCCCAAACCCAACAAUUCCUCGACUACGUCCUGGACCACCAGGAUGAGACGGGAUGGUUCGGCCCCGAAGUGAACACCACGAAACCGAGAUAUCUGUGGGGGAGGUACCCAUUCAUGUUCGGCGCGAUCCAGAUCGCCGAGUCCGACCCCGCGCAGGUCGGGAAGAUCGUGCCGGCCCUGCACAAGUUCGUCGCGCUCGCGAACAGCAUGCUCAAGAACGGCGAGGGGCUCAACGACGGCGGGUGGGCGAAGACGAGGUGGGAGGACUUCGUGAUUACCUUGCAAUGGUUGUACGAUAACCACCCGGACGGGCACGAAGAUCUCCUGCUGGAGACGAUGAAGCUGCUCAAGUGGACGGGGGACCCGUGGGAGGAGGUCUUCUCUGCCCAGUACUUCCCGACAGGCCCGACCGAGGACCUGCAGAACCCGUUCGACCUCCCGCUGGUAUGGCACGGCGUGAACAUGGCCGAGGGGCUCAAGGCGCUCCCCGCGACGUACCGGUUCACGCAUAACCAGUCUGAUUUGGAUCGCGUAAGCGAAGGCUGGGACCUGCUGUUCAAGUACCACGGGCGGCCGUCGGGGAUCUACGCGGCGGAUGAGUACCUCGCGGGGUUGGAGGCGAUCAGAGGUGGCUCCUACCUAUACCAAGUCAUCGGAGAUCCCAAGUACGCAGACAGGGUCGAGAGGAUCACGUACAACGCGCUGCCCGCCACCUUGACCGGAGAUAUGUGGGCCAGACAGUAUCUGCAGCAGCAGAACCAGAUCGCUGCGAAGAAUAUGACGCCGAACCCCUUCCCGAACGACGGGUCGUACUCCAACGUCUUCGGGUUGGAACCGAACUACCCGUGCUGCACGGUGAACCACCCGCAGGGCUGGCCGAAUAUCGUCGCGAAUUCGUUCCUGACGACGCCGGAUAAGCAGUCGCUGGUGCACUUGUACCUAGGGCCGUUCAGCACGAAUACGACUCUGGCUAACGACAACCAGGUCACGGUGAACGUCGACACGCUGUACCCCUUCGGCGACACCCUCGCGACGACCAUCACCGCGUCCAAAGACUUCACGUACUACGUGCGCAUCCCGAGCUGGGUGACGCAGGGCACGAUCGCGGUGAACGGCGGCGCAGCGCAGGGCGUCGCGCCGCAGAACGGGCUGCAUGCGGUGCAAGUCAAAGCGGGGACGACGAAGUUCGUGCUGGAUCUGCCGGCGGAGAUCACGACGGAGGCGAGGCCGCACGGCUCCAUCGCCGUCCACCGCGGGCCCCUGCACUACGCGUACGACAUCGCACGCAACGCGACCGUGCUCGUGCAGCGCGCUGAGGCGCGCGCGCAGGACCUCGAGUUCGACGCGACCGCGCCGUGGCAGUACGCCAUCGACCCCAGCUCGCUGAAGUUCAACAACAACCCGCCCGCGUCGGGGAGCCUCCCGAGCCCGAUAUUCGACUCGGGGUUGCCGCCGUAUACGAUUAGCGCGAGUGCGUGCCAGGUCGAGUGGGGGGUGGCGGGGGAUACCUUCGCGGCGAGUCCGCCGGAGAACCCGGCGUGUGUGGGGGCUAAGACGACUAUUACGCUUUGGCCGUUCGGGGCUACGAAACUGCGCAUAGGUGAGUUCCCGGUGGUCGAUUUGUCCAAGCAGUAGUGUGGGGGGCAGGCUGCGAAGUGGGUUGGUGGUUGAAGACGCGUCUGUCUGUAAGAAGGGAUUUAGUGAAGUAAACUGGGAUGGGCUCCUUGGGUGCCAUUCGUGGUACUCUACGUAUUUACCCCGCAUGCGCAGUUGUGGAAGAUCUGAAGGGGAAAUCUGUGCCAUGGUGGCGAGCGGAUCGCGAUCAUAGUUCGAUGUCUAGCUCGUGAUAGACGCCCAAGC